UAGACAAACAGCAGUGUCGCUCCAUCACACACUUGCCCCAAGUCCAAAUAUUGACUGGGUUUUCACGGUUCUAGCUCAGCCUUCAUUUGGAGAAGGGGUGGAGUCAUCACAUUUGGAUGUCAGAGGACACGGGCAGCCCAUUGGAUGAACUUGGAAGCGCAGGUCAGACUCGGGGUUUGUUAAAUAGUCCAGAUGAGGAGAGGAAGACACUCGAAGAGGCGUGAAGUGGCGCAGGAGGAGAAGUGAUGGAGGGUGGUCAGGACAAGCCCGGCGACCCGGGUCUCUGUGCGGCAGCGAUGGAUAAAGGCGGGAAAGAGGGGAUCGAGCUCGGCACGGUUCCAAAUGGAGAGAGUUGCUCUGAGCUCCGGACGCACCUGUACAAGAGGCGCUGGGUGAUCGUGUUCCUGUUCAGCGCGUACUCGCUCAACAACGCGAGCCAGUGGAUCCAGUACGGCAUCAUCAACAACAUCACCACCAAGUUCUACGGCGUGGAUUCCUUCGCUGUGGACUGGCUCUCCCUGGUCUACAUGCUGGUCUACAUCCCGUUCGUCUUCCCGGUCACUUGGCUCCUGGACAAAAAGGGACUGCGCGUCUGCGCGCUCCUGGCGAACGCGCUCAACGUGAUCGGGACUUGGAUCAAAGUGGGCAGCGCUCACCGGGACUUGUUCUGGGUCACUGUCCUCGGGCAGACCGUCAGCGCCCUGGCGCAGGUCUCCAUCCUCGGGAUACCGUCCAAACUCUCCUCGCUGUGGUUCGGCCCGGAUGAGGUGUCCACCGCCUGCGCCAUCGGAGUGUUCGGGAAUCAGAUGGGAAUCGCCAUUGGCUUCCUGUUACCGCCCGUCCUCGUGCCAGAUUCAGACAAUAUGGAAGAGCUAGCGUACCACAUCCGGAUCAUGUUUUACAUUAGCGCGGGGAUUGCGACCGGCCUCUUCGUCCUGGUGAUCGCUGUGUUCCAGGACAAGCCCGAGAUCCCGCCCUCUCAGGCUCAGGCUCAGGCCCGCUGCAUGCCCCAGGAUGAGUACUCCUACUCUGCCUCCAUUAAACGGCUGCUGAAGAACCGGGCCUUCAUGCUGCUGGUGGUCAGCUACGGCCUGAAUGUGGGCUGCUUCUACUCCAUCUCCACUCUGUUGAAUCAGAUGAUCAUCGACCAUUAUCCAGGCGAACAGGUGAACGCAGGCCGCAUCGGUUUGACCAUCGUCAUCGCCGGAAUGGUCGGCUCGCUCAUCUGCGGCAUCUGGCUGGACAAAACCAAAACCUACAAACAGACCACCCUGGCCGUGUACUCGCUCACUCUCAUUGGGAUGCUGGUCUACGCCUUCACCCUCAACCUCGGCCAUCUCUGGGUGGUCUUCAUCACCGCUGGGAUGUUGGGUUUCUUCAUGACGGGCUACCUGCCACUGGGCUUCGAGUUCGCGGUGGAGCUCACGUACCCCGAGUCAGAGGGAACCUCCUCUGGACUUCUUAACUGCUCUGCUCAGUUCUUCGGGAUCAUUUUCACCAUCUGUCAGGGGAAGAUUAUUGACAACUGGGGAACUUUGGCCGGGAACAUGUUCCUGAGCUUUUUCCUGCUUGUGGGAACCGUGAUGACCGCGGUCAUCAAGUCGGACCUGCGACGUCAGAAGGCCAACGUUCAGCCGGAGGCGGUGUGUGUGAGCGUGAGUACACAAGUGUGCUGCAUGAGCUGUGGGUUUAUCUUCAUCUUGGCUCCAUUACUUCUGCCUUCAACACUUGAAAAUGCUCGUGCAGCAACUCUCUACAUAAACCUUUGCUUGGGCUGCAGCUUUAACUGCAUGGGUUCUCAAAACAUCUGCUUGAAUGAGGAAAAAAUAUUCAAUCUUCACGAACGCUUCCUAAUCCGCCUGAAUUGGAGCCGUCCUGCACGCCAAAACUCCUCCUUAUCCAAACGCAUCUGACUACUGGUGAGGCAGAUUUGGGGGUGCAGGGGUCUCCAGUGCUGCUGGUGGUGGUGUGACCCAUCCGCCCUCCUCAGUGGAGUGACCCCCCAGGUGUUGUUCCAUCCAGCCCACAGGCUCCGACUCAUCGGUGCAGGAUUACGGGGCCACGUCGCGCAGCGAGGCCGGGAAACAGCAGUCUUGACACAAACCCACAAGCUCAUACACAAACACACUCCUGCACAAGGUAACAGGACACACACUGGUGUGAACUCAUGUGUUGCCAGUCCAGUGAGAGCUUGUAUUUUAGACGUUCAUAGUGCAAAGUCUGCUGCCAUCUAGCGGCGGACUACCGAACUGCAACUCCCCUCUGCUCGUUCUACUAUUUACACAUGGAAAUGAUGUUAAGACCUAUCGCUAGUUCACUGCCGAACUAUCAACAACACAAAACUUGCAUGAAUUAAAAUGAAUUAAUAAUAUUUUUGAUCAAAAUGGUAAAUGUGUAAGUUCAUGAAAAAUAGAUUUUUUAAUUGGUUAAUUUAGUGGUGAAGGAAAUGUUUCCGGCAAAAAUAAUAGUCACAAAGUAAUAUAUUUAUUAUUCUAAAUUGACUGCAAAGUAGUUUACAUUAGUUUAGAAUUCAUUUUAUUAGAAACUGAAUAAUAAAAUAUAAAAAUAUAAAUUGAAUUGUUGGUUUCAAUUGAUAGAAAGUGAGAAGUCAUAAUAAAACGCAUGUAAAGAUUAGUGGAAUUAAAAAGUGUUGCUGGUUCAGUUCCCCACAUCUGGUGGUGAUGUUAUUAUUUUUUUUUUAUCCUCUGUAGAAAUACCCAGACGACAUGGACGAUGCCGUCGCUCCUCCUGAAGUCCACAAAGGUCUGAAGCUCUAGAGGAAGUAUGGGACUGUAAAUUAGUGACGGUCCCCACUUCAGCGCUGUCUCUUAGUCAGAAGUCCUGCUGUGCUCUGGAGGGGCUGUUUGGUCACAGGACGUGUUGCUAUCGGGAAAAGAAGUUUUAAUACCUCGUUUUAAAAACUAUGUUUAGAUUUUAUCAAUUUAUUUAAUGUGAUGUGAGAGCAUCGCUGUGGCUGCUCCAUGAUCUUUUCGUCUGCUCCACGAUGAAACAGCUACCUUCAGUUAGCAAGGUCAGACACCACACUGCAUUGGAGUCAGUUUGUACGUCAGAACUGAUGUUCGCUAUGACACUACGCUAUUGACGGCCUGUAUUUACACAACUGUAAAGCAGAGGUGGACUCAGAUCUUGCCAUCAAAGCACAACACACUCUAUCAUUCUGGACAUGAGAACAUGUAGCUUCUUCUGCCCUUUGACUCUCCAGUGCCAUUUCAGUGGACCACAACUGUUGCAAUGCUGACCAACACUGAGGUCACUUUACGGCGUCGCCUGAAGACGACGGAAUUUGCACAAUAACGGUUUUAGCUGUUUCUGAUGAAUUCUUUUUGUUGCUGUGUUGUAUUGUUAUUGUUAACUUGUGAUGUCAUCAGGUGCCGUGUCACUCCACUUCCUGUUUCUGACCUUUUAUAUUUUGUCUCCAUGUUGGUCGCAGACGUGUUAGACUGUGUUUAAUGAAGUUUGUUGCGCUAGGAAAUAAACCUUUUACUGGCACAUCUGACCUUUAGGGGGGGUUUGAUUUGGAAGCGAGGAAAAUAUUUCUUCUCACUAAAGAAUACAUACAUAGAACACUCGUAAGUUAAAAGAAGUUUGCACCUGAAGUGUCCGCUAAAAUGCACACACAAGUGGGGAAAGACAUUCAGAAAAGACAAACACAUACAACUUCACAAUAGUUGUUUAAUUCAAUCAUGUCGCUGCAGUGUAAAAGGUUGACAUGAACAAAAGCUGAGCCUGAUAUGACCCACAAUACAAAUCAGACAACAGUAAAACAGAGGUCAAAUACGAAGCAGGC